UCCGCUCUGGUUUUCCUCCAUUAGAGGGUGUGUAUAGAAAUUUUGAGUUUAGAGUUUUUAUUUUAAAGUUAAUUAUUUUUAUAAUAAAAAAAUUGAUUUAAAUUAUUAAAUCUCUAUUAAAUAAAUAAAAAAAAAGGUGGGCGAACAAGUUGAAGUAGCUGUGGUGGAAUUAGCGUGAGUGGUGGCGGAGUUGUUGGGGAAUUGGUUGUCUCAUAGUGCGCAUUUCACUACACCUUGCACGCUAGUACCUUUGCUUUCCUUUCCUUUCCCACUCACUUGCUCCCUGGUGGUUGCCACCAUCUUCUCUUAACUACAUCUCACCCACUUUUUUCCCACACAACAAUGAUACCCACCGCCACCACCACCACCACCACCACUACCAUUAAGCCAAUUUCCCUUUCUCUGACCUUCUCCUCUCCUCUUCUUAUCAUCCAUCCACCUCCCAAUUCCCAAUCCACCUUCCUUCGCCAUGUCAACCCCUACUGAUUCCAUUCCCAGGCGGGUUCCUCCGCCGUGCUGGACCCAAGAAGAAACUAUUGCUCUAAUUGAAGCAUAUCGUGAUAAAUGGUACUCUGUUAACCGCGGCAACCUCCGCGCUGCCGACUGGGACUCCGUGGCGGCCGCCGUCGCUGAUUCCGCUACUGCCGACACGCCUAAGUCUUCCCUACAGUGCCGGCAUAAGAUCGAGAAGCUCCGGAAACGAUAUCGUACGGAGAAGCAGAGGUGCCUUAACUAUCCAGGUCGGUUUUUUCCUUCUUGGGAUUUGUUUCCUUUAUUGGAUUCCAUGGCAAUUGGGUCUGCUGGACCCAAGCAAUGUCAAGAUAUCGAUGAAGAGAAUGACAUUGGAGAUGGGUUUCGAGUGAAAACACUGGGGGAUAGGUAUUUGAUAACACCAAACAGGCGUAGCAAUAUUGAUCAGGAUUUCGACGCAGAUUUUGAUUCGGGAUUGGAUUCGGAUUUGGCAUUUAGAGCUACUAAAUAUAGCAGGAUUGAAGAGGAUUCUGACUCUAAUGUUUCUCGUGCUUUGGGAAAUGGGUUCUGUCUGAAACCUGUUGGUGAUGUGAAUUCGGUGUCUGUGGCGUUUAGGCCAAAGGAUCAUGGAAGAGUUGAUGGGAAACUGAAGGCCGAUAUUGACUUCCAUUGUGAUUAUGAAGGCGGGGUCUGUAUGAAAAUGGAAAAAACACAAUGUAGGAGCUUUCUGCCUCAGGGACCUAGAUUGAAAGGUUAUGGCAAGAUUGGUGGUGAUUCUAGCCCUAUCAAUAGAAGUAUUGGUGAAGGUGCUGAUACCUACGUUGGGUUUCCUGUGAAAACGCUAGGUGAUGUGCCUCCAGGGUUUAAGCCAAAAAACUCUAGGAAGGUUGAUGAGAAAUCUUUCCCUAAUUUUGGUAAUGAUAAUAGGUUUGCGGAGAACAUUAUUGAUGGCCUGGUAUCUCCUCUCCCAGGGUUUAGACCUAAGAAUAAUGGUAAGAUUGAUGGGAGCUUGAAGCUUGAUGUUGAUUCUAAGGUUUUGAAUGGGUUUGGUAAUUUCAAGAAGGGUGACGUUCAAAGUGGUGGCAAGAAAGUGAUGGAUCCAAUUGCAGAGGUUGUGUCAGCAAUUAAGAUGUCUACAAAAAGUUUUGUGAAGGUGGAGAAGAUGAAAAUGGAAAUGGCAAUGGAAAUUGAGAAAAUGAGGAUGGAUAUGUUGUUGAAGCAUAACCAGAUGAUUCUUGAGUCGCAGCAACAGAUUGCAGACGCAUUUGCUAAAAAAUUAUUGGAAAAGAAGGAGAAGAAGAGGAAGGAAGUGGAUGUGUUGUCACCUUAUCAAAACAAAAAUGGAGGCUCUCAAGUUGCAGCAACAGACUGUGAAAGCAUUGGCAGAAGUGGAAUUUUGAAAGAAGAAUGUGAAGGUGCUCUUAUUUAACUGUCAGAUCUAGGACAGGAGUCGCAGUUUUGGGGCUUGGGGGAUUUUCUUGGUGGCCUUUUUUAUUUUUUGGUAAAUGAGGAAUGAUAUACACUCUAACAAAUCCUGCAUAGACUUUUCAUUCCACGUAGCAGUGGAAUACUAAUAAUUAGAUGUUUCUUUUCAUUGGUAAAUAGCAAGAACACUACCAAAGAAUGAUGGUUUUUUUUUCUUCCAA